ACAUCAACGUCAACUGUCAAAAUCAAAAAGUCGCUUUACAAACUAUCAAAUGAUAGGAAAUUUGGAGAUCCGCCAUAAAUUUACAAUGAAAUGAGUGAAUCUGGGACCGAGCUACGCAACAACAAUGAGCGAAUCGUAAAGCUGAUGGCACUUUUGAAGGCGCAAAGGGACGAAAUGACCUAUUUAAUAACGAAACAACAAGAAGAAAAGCACAAAAUCGAGAACGAAAUCGAAAAGUUGUCGUUCAAAUUGACGCUGUUAACAAAAAGCCUGAAUCAGAGGCUACAAGCUAAGAUUAACUACGACAAGACGAUCAAGGAGAUCGAGGAACACUACAUGAAUCUGGUGAGCCAGUCUGGGAAAUUACUCCACACGCUGAGUCAAGAAGUCCACGACCUGGAGGAGAUCAUGGAUAAGAAAAUCGGGACCGUUGGAAGCGGCCUUGGGCAGAAGGACCUCGAAAAAAAACCAGAGGAGGCGGAGAAGGCAGAAGAGCCGCCGCCGCCCGAAGACAAACAGUCUUUGGAGGGCGAACCCCUCGAAAAAAAAUCCUCCAUCCAGAGCAAGCACUCCUCCAGCGUAACUUCGCAGCACUCCCAGAAGCGCUCGUCCAUCGAGCAGCUCCGCAGCCGCACCAGCAGCCGCACUAGCCACGAGCACCCCAGCAGCCACCCGGGAAGUCGCACCAGCAGCGUCGAGCACGCCGCCAAGCAGGACGAAUCCAGCGACCCCCAGACGGAGCCGCCGCCCGAGCCCAACAAUCAGAGGGACUCCCACUUCGAGAAGUACCUGCAGACGCCGCCCCCCAUCAAGCGCCGCAACACCGACGACGACGUCGAGCUGCAGAGCUACCGGGAGGCGUACGAGCGCCAGCACACGGCCAGCUCGCCGCCCCACUCCUUCAACGAGAUGUCGAGCAGACGGGGCUCCACCAGCCGCCGCACCAGCACCAGAUUGAGCAAAUCAUAGGUUACUUACUUUCGUCCUUUGCCAUUAAUGUGAAUAAAAUCUCCUGUCCGCUGUCA